UAAAUUAACAUAACAAAAAUACUUAAACAUAUCUUAAUCAAGGGCUACAUAAAACAAUUCUUUAUAAUAUGACAGGGUUUUGUUCACGUUUAUAGUUCAUAGGAUUAGAGUAUAGAUUGAAUUCAACUCAUAUUUGGAAGGCACGUAAACAACGUAGCGUUAUGUUAUGAAAGCAACAUGCGCCAGCGCUACUCAGCGUGGCGUAUGACGUAAGACGUAGAGUGUGCAGGCGCGCCAGUGACGUGGUGAAUCCAGAGCGCCCUGCUGCUGGCGGUGAGUUUAAAGAGUCUCUGUUGGAGGGCUGCAGUGAAAACAGUCACACACACUUCAUGCCUGCUCCUAUCUACACAGUACACACUUAGGUCAGAACCGAAAGAGAUGCCAAAGAACAGCUUGCCACUGCAGGAUCUGCCCUGCCUCAGUCUGCAGGGCUCCAUGUUGACCAAGAGGGUCAACAAACGCAAAUCCAGAGGCUUUCUGGUUGAGGGUCUGGACACAGAGUGCACCCCAACAGACCUGAUCCAGGAGUGGUCACCGCCACACAAGCACCAGCGUUUCAUCUCAAAGGGGAAAGAGAACGACUGCAAUGAGUUUGUCCUGGCCAGGCGCUCCAGGAGGAAGAAGGAAUCCACAUCAGGCAUUUCAUGGGACCACCUUCCCGAUGAGCUGCUUCUCAGGAUCCUCUUCUACCUCCCUCUGCACGAUCUCCUCAGGAUGUCCAGGGUCUGCAAGCGCUGGCACCGCUUAGUGUUUGAUGAGACUCUGUGGCACAGUGUGGAUCUGGACGGGUUGACUCACAUGGGUCCGGCUCUACAGCAGGUUCUGAAGACUGGAGUCCGCAGGCUGCGCUGCCCUCGCUCCUUUGUAGAAGAACUGCAAUUCACAAUUGCAAGCUCUCUGCAGAUAACUGAGCUGGAUAUGUCCAGCUCCAUCAUCCCCACCUCAGCUCUGGAGAGCGUCGUCUGUCGCUGCAGACUGCUGGAGUAUCUGAGUCUAGAGGGCCUGCGGCUGUCAGACACCAUCAUCAGCUCUCUGGCUGAGAAUCCACAGCUGCUGCAGCUCAACCUGAGCGGCUGCUCCGGCUUCUCUGCUCCUGCUCUCAGUGAGCUGCUCAAAUCCUGCUCCAGAAUAGAGCAGCUGAACAUAUCAUGGUGUGACUUCACCAAUAAUCAUGUGAAGAGUGUCGUCAGUAGUCUGACACCCGGUGUGACCCACCUCAACCUCAGCGGCUACAGAGAGAGCCUCACACUGGAUGAUGUGAAGGUGCUGGUGGAGAGAUGCCCCAAUAUUCAGACUCUAGAUUUAAGUGACAGUACCCUGCUGAUGGCCGACUGCCUACCUGUCCUCGCACAGCUCAAACAUCUGCGCCAUCUGUCCUUGAGUCGCUGCUAUCACAUCCACCUCGCCGCCCUCACUGACCUUGGGAAGACGUUCCCCUCGCUGUGCCUGCUGGACGUGUACGGCCUGGUGCAGGACAGCCACCUGCCCGCUCUCAAGAAGGAACUGCCUCGCAUCUCCAUCAACUCCAGACCUUUCUCCAGCAUCGCCCGGCCCACGCCCGCCGCCGCGCUCCCCGGCUGCUUCGGCGACCGCGCCAUGUGGACCAGGCAGUGUAGACUGAGGUUUAAGUCAUAAGCUUCUUCUUUUUUUUUUUUAAUGGAGAAAUAGUUUUUAAUGGUGCAGUAUUCUGCCACACAUCCAGGAAGUCUGGCCUGGUGUGCAGGGACAGAGCCUCGACUGAGUGUUUCUUGCUGCUACAGAAGAUGCUUUUAGUGUUACCGUGCAUUAGGGCUAUGUGAUAUGACCCGUAUCUCAUCCUGAUAGAGCUCAUUUCAUACAUUAUCUGUGAAUUCAAUGAAUAUCUUCUAUAAAAAAAGACCACAUUUGUUACAUCUUGAAUCCUACACUCAACAAAUAUAUUUGAUUUUUCUCCUUUUUAUUUAGAAUGUUGCGAUUUUCACAACAUAUAAAUUGGAACCAAAGUAGCUCCAUAUUUUUGGAGAUUUCCUGCCUGCAUCCGUGCCAUGUGGAUAAAAGCCAAACAUCCAAAUGAUGAAAAAUACUGCCAUAAAGAGUGAUUUGUGACAAGAAAAUAAAUAAUUUGAACGAAUAGAUGAUGAUCUAUUGCACAUAAUACAUGUGGUCAUAUUGCACAGCCCUUGCUUGCAUUAAUGGUACAAAAGGUCAAAUAGUGGACUUGACCUUUUUAAAGUACUGAACGUGCAAGCUUGUAGAGUAUUUUAAUACUUUUUUUUCACUUUUUUAAAAAAAUAAAUAGGAAACUCAGACUUGAAUGUUGAACCCAGUUCUUGUUGGAAUGUUAACAGAAACUUUUUAAAAUAAGUUUUUGAAUCUGUUUUAAAGUUCAAAUAAUGUUUUAAUUUAAAAUGUGUUGUAAGGGAAACAUGGUUGAAAAACUCAAUUUGAAAUGUUGAAUGUCUAUGAAUAUUUGAUGAGUUGAUUCUUUGUACGUUGUAAUGAUACCGAUGGUAAAGUGUCCUGUAACAGCUGUAAUAAUAAUAAUGCUCUCUGUUUAAAGUAAAUGGAAUCAGUGCAGAGGUUUUAAUGUAGGAGGAGGAGAAUGAUGAUGAUGAUGAUGAAUCUGGAAGAGACACUACUUCACUACUGUAAGAACUGGACCAGGUUAGCAUCAGGGUGCAUUUGAUUUUUUUUAUGAUGAGCUCAUUAUCACAGUCAACAGGGUUAUAUGGUGCUCUAUAUGUUACCAUUUCAUCCACAUGUCAUAGACAGGAUUUUAAAGAACAAUGUAUGUUUUUGUACUUUAUUAUAAACUUGUUAAACUGUUCGUUUUUCCCUUGUGAGUCUUAACAAGUAAAACCACUGAAUACAAAAAGCAUUGCGUGUCUGAGCUUUGUUUGAUAUUUACUCUCAAAAAGAGAGUAAUGUAGCUGUGCAUAGUAUACAUACAUCAUGUGUAUAAUAGGUAUGUAUAGUUUACAACUUCCAUUUAAAAUGAAUUAUACAUGUAGCAAUACCAUUUAAAUGUAAAUUACAGAUCCUGUUCAUUGAAUACCAUUUUAUUUAUUUUAAAUGGAAGGAAGAAUGAAGCCAGUUAGAUUGAGAAACCAAAUAUUUGACUAAUUGAAUCAGGGAUGUCAAACAUAUGGCCCACUGGCCAGAAUCAGCCAGCCAAGGGGUCAAAACCGGCCCACUGGACAAUUUAGUAUGAUGCAGGUUUCAUGAGCAAGUUAAACUGUGAGGAGCCUACCUCAUGUAAAAUGCUGCUUCGGAGGUUUUUCCACCCUGACUAGAAUACAAUACUCUGAAAAAAACAUUGAAUACAUAUUAUGGUCAUAUUUAAAACAUUCAUAUAUUUUACAUUGUGAAAAAGAAUAUGAAAUACCAAACAUAAUAUUGUUGAAACUGCAUAGAUUUUUCUUUGUGAUUUUUGCAGUGUGUUUAGUAUCAUUGCCAUGUUGGAAAAUUCUUCUCCUGCCAAGCUCUUGAGACUGGGAGUCAUGUUUUCAUUCAGUAUUUGAAUAAACUCAUUUAUAUUCAUGCCAUUUAUAAAUAUCUCUCCUACACAUUUUACA